CUCUGCGGCAUCUCAGUCCACGCGCCUACCAUGGCGCCCGCUCCGGCCGUGCUGACCCGGCUUCAGUGUGCAGGUUUGCGGCGCUGGCCAGGUUUCCUGCAGAAGGCGGCUCGGGGCCCAGCGGGGCAGAAUGGAAGGAAGGUCACGGGAGCCCCGGUCCCCGCGGUCAGCGAGCCCCAGGACGGCGACGAUUUCCAGAGCAGGAUACUAGAUGUGCCGUUACAACAUUCAGAUUUCUUCAAUGUCAAGGAGCUGUUUUCUGUGAAGAGCCUCUUCGAGGCCCGAGUACACCUGGGACAUAAAGCCGGUUGCCGCCAUAGGUUUAUGGAGCCAUACAUCUUUGGGAACCGCCUGGGCCAAGAUAUCAUUGAUCUGGAUCAGACCGCCUUGAAUCUCCAACUGGCUUUGAACUUCACCGCCCAUGUGGCCUACCGCAAGGGCAUCAUCCUGUUUGUGAGCCGGAAUCGUCAAUUCUCUCACUUAAUUGAGACUACAGCCCAAGCCUGCGGGGAGUAUGCCCACACCCGCUACUUCAAGGGUGGCUUGCUGACUAACGCACAACUCCUCUUUGGGCCUACAGUCCGCCUGCCGGACCUCAUCGUCUUCCUGCACACACUCAACAAUGUCUUUGAACCCCAUGUGGCCGUGAGGGAUGCGGCCAAGAUGAACAUCCCCACAGUGGGCAUUGUGGACACCAACUGCAACCCAUGCCUCAUCACUUACCCUAUCCCUGGCAAUGAUGACUCACCCCAAGCUAUCCAGCUCUUCUGCAAGCUCUUCCGGACAACCAUCAACAGGGCCAAGGAGAAGAGGAGGCAGAUGGAGGCCCUCCAUCGGCUGCAGAGUCCCAAGGGGUCCGAGGGCAGUGGGACAGCCUCUGCACCUGAUCAAAGUCAUUCCCCAUGACAGAAAGCCCUUCUCCCACCCUAGAUAGCCAGGCCUCUUCUGAGCAGGAAGGUCCUUGUCCAACCCUGGUCUAUGUCCCCAUUCUCCAUCCUCAGCAUCAGCACCACAGUCCUAUAUUCCCUAGAUAUGGCCACCCCAAAGUUCAAUCAUCUUGAGCUAACCCUGGUCUGUCUCUUUUCUGGGAACAAACUCAGGUAAAGUGCAUAUCCACAUGGCCUCUUGCAUCUAUUAAGAUUUGAACAUAGCUAGCCAAGCGGAUCUCUCCCUCCCUCCCUCUCCCCCUUUCCCUCUCUCGCUCCCCCUCCCCCAUCUCCCUCUCUCUCACUCUCCUAGGUCUUACUUCCACUUCAGAAGUAGAUCUGUCUCACGUGGGUUCCAUUUGGCUUCUCUUUUCAGUUAGAAAUUAAUCUUUCAUUAUCUGCUAAUUAAUCCUUCAUUCUCUGAAGAAAAUUCCAUGUAAGACAAUAUUGAUGUCCCUCAGGAACCCCAGUAGUUGCCUCUAGACCUGCAACCAGACAUAGGGCUAAGUAAGCAGGCUCCCAGAGGGGAGAUGGAAGUACAGUCCAUGUGUUGUGAUACACUACUAAAGAACUUAGGAGUUUGCUAACCCAUUCAAGCAGAAGUCUGGGAAAUAUGUGUAGGAAUGGAUUUUAAAGGUGGGGUAAUGGUUGGAGGAACAUAAAAUUGAAAUCAGGACGAGUUUAUUGAUAUGGGCCCUCUGAGUAGAGAUCUAUGUUUAAAACGGAAACUCUGAUAGUGAAAAACGGUGUCAAAAGUUUGAAUGUUUGGCUGAAGUCUUUCUUAAAAGAGCCUACUGCUGGGAGCACCAAAGUCCUUGAGCCCACAGAUCACCAAGAAAACCAGGCAUGUUAGUCACAUAGGGUUGUCUCCUCAAAGAAGGGAAAUCAAUGCCUGUUUUGCACCCAGAGGACUGGGAGUGACUGUUGUUAAUGACCUGGUGACCUUUGCUAUCUGUGGAGUCAGACCUUACCCAAAUCCCCUAAAUGCUUAUCUCGGACUUUUCCUUUCCUAGACCUUUACUUUUAGCUUGGUUUCUCCACCAAUAGAACCCAUCCGUAGGGGAGAUAUCAAGAGACCAUACCAAUCCUAGGCCCUUAAGCUAUAAGACCCACCUUUGUGGUCAUGUGUACUUUGAGCUGAGUUUUGAUGUAAUUAUGCCUCUUCUACCUGGGGUUGUAUUACACCAGGAAGCUCUUUUCCAAAAUUGUAUGGUUUUAAUAUGUUUAUAAUAAACUACAUGGUGUCAGACUCUAGAA